AUGCCCAUCCUCAAGCAGCUGGUGUCCAGCUCCGUGCACUCCAAGCGCCGCUCCCGCGUGGACCUCACGGCCGAGAUGAUCAGCGCGCCGCUGGGCGACUUCCGCCACACCAUGCACGUGGGCCGGGCGGGGGACGCCUUCGGGGACACCUCCUUCCUGCACAGCAAGGCCGGGGAGCUGGAGGGCGAGCCCCCCGACGAGCAGGCGUCUGCCGCGCCCGCCUCCUCCUCCUCCAAGCGCGGCCUCCUGUCCCGCAAGUUCCGGGGCAGCAAGCGGUCGCAGUCGGUGACCCGGGGGGACCGGGAGCAGAGGGACAUGCUGGGCUCGCUGCGGGACUCCGCCCUGUUCGUCAAGAACGCCAUGUCCCUGCCCCAGCUGAACGAGAAGGAGGCCGCGGAGCGGGGCGCCGGCAAGCUGCCCAAGAGCCUGUCGUCCAGCCCCGUGAAGAAGGCCAGCGGCGGGGAGGGGGGCCCCGAGGCGGCCCUCGGGGAGGAGGGGGUGCCCCGGCCGCGGAACGGGGCCGCCUCCCCCCACGCCCUCGACCCCCUCCUGGACGAGCAGGCCUUCGGGGACCUGACGGACCUGCCCGUCGUGCCCAAGGCCGGCUUCGGGCUGAAGCACGCCGAGUCCAUCAUGUCCUUCCACAUCGACCUGGGGCCCUCCAUGCUGGGCGACGUCCUGAGCAUCAUGAACAAGGAGGAGUGGGACCCGGAGGAGGAGGAGGAGGAUGGCGGUUACCACGGCGACGAGGAGGAGCCGGGCGGCCUCCCCAAGGUUCCCCUUUCCGGGCGGGGGGUCCCUCUCCCAUCCAGGCAGGAAGGCAAGGCCGGCCGGGACUCGCCCCUGCAGCCCCCGCCGGUGCCGCAGGACGAGGGCUGGGCGGCCGCCGCCCCGAGUCCCGGCUCCGCCCGCAGCCUGGGCAGCCACACCACGCGGGACAGCAGCUCCCUGUCCAGCUGCACGUCCAGCGUCCUGGAGGAGCGCAGCCCCGCCUUCCAGGGGCCGGAGAGGGCCCGGGCCCCCCUCCCCAGGCAGCCCGACAAGGAGUUCUCUUUCAUGGAUGAGGAGGAGGAGGAUGAAAUCCGAGUGUGA